AUGUCAGCUGACCACCACCAACUUCACACUCAUUCCUACCAAGACACACUAAGUUCUACUUGUGAUGGCCUGUUGGACAUCAACAGUCACCCCCUGUCAAAGAGCUCCUCAAGCCUGGCCUGUAUGGGGCAAUCGAAUUUAGCAGAAAGGCAAAGCUGCAAAAAGGAGCUGAAGAAAAGCCACAGUAGUGCCAUCUGCCACAUCACAGAAAACCAGAGUGAUGCUAGGAGUGUGCUGAGUCCUGAAUGGUCCUGCUCACAGCCUAGGAUGAUGGGACUUGAAUCAGUGGUUCAAAAUGUAAGCAAUCAGUCAGCCGAUGACAAUUCACCAGGCAGAACUAAGACUGCAAACCAUUUUCCUGUUGCUGAACAGUCCCCACCAUCCUGGGAAGUGGGGGACACUAUGAUGUGUGUAAAGAGCAGCACUGUUGAGAAUGUUUCUUGCAUGGCAUAUCAACAAAGCAUGAGUGAGAUGAAAGAACCAGGAAUGACCCUUCAGAGAAGCCACUCAGACCUAGCUUGCAGUUGCAAACAGCGGACUUACAUCACUCGCAUAGAAACCAGUGCUACUCACUCCAGCUCUCCUAGCUGCAGGCAUGGUCCAUCAGUGGCUGACAUGUGUUUCCAAACACAGAGAUAUGGACCAGAAAUAAAUGAAAAUACAUCUCACUAUCAAAACCUUGUGACUCAUCUUCCAGUUCUACCUAGAGACCAAAAGAUACCCACAAAUAGCUUCAACAGUGGUGGCAUUGCCCGUAAUAGCACUGUUUACACAGAUCCUGGAACAUUCCACACUGCUGUUCUAGGAUCCCACAUACCUGGAAAUGUUUUCUCAAACAGGACAGUGUUCAGUCAAGCCACUGGGAUUAUUCAUGGUGGUCUGAUUUGCAGUAAUAUUCCAAACUCUGCAUACUCCCCCAUGAUGAUGACAGUUCAUAAUGAUUCUGCUGGGCCCUGUGAUAUAAGGCAAGACCAUUGUAUGAAAGCAGAUGCCACCAUCCCUGCCUAUUGCCAUUCUUUGCCCAUACCAUCUCUACAACUUGUUCCACAGUUGGUAUGCUCAGUUAGUGAGUCAGGAAAAGAGCAGGCAGCAUCUGGCUACCUUCAUUCCUUUUCUACUUCAGACAUUCUGACAUAUCCUAAGCUGGUGUCUUCAGUAAGUGAAUCAGGCCUGGAUGCCAAAAGAGUCCUAAAGUGCUGUAGCAUUCCCAAAGAACAACUGCAACAUGCUCAACACUGUGCUCAGCAGGAGAGAGUUCCCACAGAAACAAAGGCUGCCUGUGUUGCCUUUAGUAGCCAGCAAGGUGCAGACAUGGUAAUGAUGAUGAAGGAUAUGUGGACUAUGACCUCUAUGAAUGAUUUAACCAAAGGACUGAAACCAGCCCUUGAGCGUAGAGAUGCUGAGGUACAAACUCUUCCAAUUGUGGAAUGCAAAUCUGUGGCAACAAGCCCGGCAGCUGCAGCAGAAGGCCACUCACAUGUGUUCCCAGAAGUCAACCUGGAGCAAGACUUGGGGGCCCGCAAAUCUCCAGUACAUGAAGUGAGAUGGGAUAAUGAAGGAAUGACAUGGGAAGUGUAUGGGGCAUCAGUGGAUCCAGAAGUCCUUGGGCUAGCCAUUCAAAAACAUCUUGAAAUUCAAAUAGAACAAUUCCAGACAGAGCCAGCUCAGCUGGUUGAGAAAAGUAAUGAGGAGUCAUCUUCUAGUAAAAUGGGGAAGAAAAGGCCAUUCAGAACAAUGAUGCAUUCCCUGAGACAUCCAAGCUGUUGUGCUCGUUCCAGUACUGCAGUGGAGUGA